GUUCCUGAUGGGUGUCACUCGAUGGGUGUCACUCGUGGAGACCUGCCCCGAUCUCGGCCUGAGAGGAAGGCUCGCUGAGACUGGCCUGCUUUGCAGCUUCAACGGCUCCGAGCCUCGGGCAGCUUCACCAAACCCCCCAUGCGUCAGAUCUGGACUGGAGGAGGGGGAGGGCAUGGAGGAGCUGCGGCACUGGCCAGCAGGGGAAGGGCGGGCAGGGGAAGAGGGACAGUCGACGAUGAGGAUGUCAUACGGUAAAUCCGCCGCAGGUCGCGCCACUCAGCAUCGAUAGCACGGCUGGCGCAAAGCACCCGCCCCCUGCGGGGGUGGCCGACGCCAACACUUGCUCGCAGGACUUCUGCAGAAGCGAACAUCCAAGAUGGAAAGAGCGAGCAGAAACAACAAUGGAGAAGAGGCGCUCCGCUGCCCUUCAAGAGGGCUAUCCCGGCAUCGGACUGCGAGGCCAGCCACAGAGAGGAUGGGACUCAGACCACCAUCCUUCUACCAGAAAAAACUGCGGAUCCGAUCGUCUCUGCGUGCAAGCUGCUGCAUUCGUGAGCGUGGAGGAGGAGGAGCAGGAGGAGGAGGAGGAGGAGGAGCGGGGAGGAGGAGGCGGAGGAGGGCGAGGAGGAGCGGGGAGGUGUGUGCGGUGGGCCGGUGUGGCAUCCGCGCGGACGCCUUGGCCUCUCCCGCAGCGAAGGGCGCCCUUCGGCGGCGCUCCGAAGCGGCGGUGAGGGCAAAGCCGCGCAGCAGGGCGCCGAGCACGGGCGGAGAGCCACAGGGGGCGCCGAGCCUGGGCAGAGGGAUUCCGGGGGCAGGGGCAGGCAGUGGCAGGCAGGCAGGCAGCGCCUGCGCUCUGAAGGCAGGGCCGGAGGAGGGGGAGGGAGGCGGUGGGCAGGGGCAGGCAGUGGCAGGCAGGCAGGCAGGCAGGCAGGGCUCCCGCUCCGAAAACGGGGCCGGAGGAGGGGGGAGGAGGGAG